UAGAGUUUUUACUGUCGCACCAAAAAAAGCCUUCAUUUCCUUUUAGCAACAUGCACCCUUCAAACUCCAUCAAUGGAAAUAUCAGUAUUAAUCCCUUCUUCCCUUUCAUACCCCAUAAAGAAGAUGAAGAAAACUCCUUUUUCCUUCAGCAUAUCCAUGACCUGCUCUUCCUCAACCACCACCAACCACCGCCGCCGCCGCCAGUUGUAGCCGACCCACAACAACCGUACUCCGGAUUCAUGACACCCGCCAAAGAAGAAGAGGAUGAGCGAAUCGUUGGAUCUUCCACCAAGAGAAAGAAGAAAGACAGGCAUAGUAAGAUUCACACGGCUAAGGGUCCUAGGGACAGAAGAAUGAGACUGUCCCUAGACAUUGCUAGAAGGUUCUUCGACCUUCAAGACUUGUUAGGGUUUGACAAAGCUAGCAGAACUGUCGAAUGGCUGCUCUUGAAAUCGAGAGCAGCCAUUCACGAACUUUCAAACAGUUCGGCUGGUUUUGUCGGUGUUUCAAACACUCCUCCUCAUAAUGGGAGUGUCAAUUCCACGACUUCCGAAUGCGAAGUUGUUUCGAAAACGUGUGGAAUCAUUAGUGCUAAGGAGAAGAAGACUACACGAAAAUCGGCCUAUGAUCCUACCAUGGCGAAGGAGUCUAGAAAGGCGGCAAGAGAAAGGGCUAAGGAGAGGACUCGAGAGAAGAUCCAAACUAGUUUGGAUCAUGAUCAAAUGAUAAGGCCGUUUAUGAAUAAUCUUGAUGAAAUUAGUCCUAAUAAUCAUCAUCUAGAUCUGCAGCAUCUUCAAGAUCCAGCAGCUUCCUCUUCUGUCAUCUUCAACUAUGAAUAUGAUGAUCAUCAAAACCUGCAUGGAAUCUCACAACAGAAUUAUGAAGAUUAUGGGAUUUCUGCUAAAACAUGGGAGGCCUACAACAGCAUUAACCUAUGUUAGCAUGGUUUAAUAAUUAAUACCCUCCUUCUACAUGUGUGAUUCAUAGAUAAUUUCAAAUUGUGAUCAAUCAAAAUGUAUAAUUUCUGGGUCAAUGUGUGUUGCAUAAAUUUCCUUUCAUUAAUAAAACAUCUUUACAUUUUAUAUAACUGUGAUUGUUGAUUCUCUGUAGUGGUGGUGUAACAUAAAAUUA